AUAUCCUCCAACAUACACAACCACACCAUUUCAUUUCAUGACAUAUUAAUUAUUAUUAUUAAUAUGAUCAUGAAAAUUUCCUUAAAUCUUCCCUUAUCUCUUCUCUUACUAUCCACCUUCCUCCUCUCAUUUCCAUCCCCUUCAUACCAACAACACCCCCACACCUUCUCCAACCCGAGGCUCAAAAAGGCGUACAUAGCCCUCCAAGCAUGGAAGAAGUCUAUAACCGAUGAUCCCAACAACUUUACCAGAAAUUGGGAAGGUUACAAUGUUUGUAACUACAAUGGAGUCUUUUGUGCUCCAUCUUUAGACAACAGUUAUGUACAAACUGUUGCUGGUAUUGACCUUAACCAUGCCAAUAUCGCAGGUUCUCUUCCUAAAAAACUCGGUCUCUUAACCGACUUAGCUCUCUUCCAUAUUAACUCAAACCGUUUUUGUGGCUCUUUUCCUUACACUCUUAAGAAUUGGUGUCUCCUCUACGAGCUCGAUGUUAGUAACAAUUACUUCAAUGGUGGGUUUCCUAAGGUGCUCCUUUCACUUCCUAGUCUCAAAUUCAUCGAUAUUCGAUAUAAUUACUUUAAUGGACCAAUUCCCUCGAAACUUUUUGACCUAAAACUCGAUGCAAUAUUCAUCAACAACAAUAACUUCACCUCCAAGUUUCCUCAAAACAUAGGUAACUCCCCUGUAUCUGUUGUUGUACUAGCUAAUAACAACUUUCAGGGUUGUCUCCCAAAUUCCAUCUCCAAAAUGUCGAAAACCCUUAACGAGUUCAUCCUCGAAGGUGCCGGUUUAAAGGGUUGUCUCCCUUCAGGUAUCGGAAAGUUGACUCAGCUCACCGUGCUCGAUGUCAGCUACAACGAACUUUCCGGUCCUUUACCGGAUUCCAUAGGGAAAAUGAAGAACUUGGAGCAGCUGAACGUUGCGUUUAACUCGUUUUCCGGUGAAAUUCCGGCGAGUAUUUGUAGGUUGCCUAAGUUGGAGAACUUUACUUACUCUUAUAACUUCUUUAGUCAUGCACCGUAUGAAUGUUUGAAGUUGAAGAGUAAAGAUGACAUAUUCAAUUGUAUUCCAAAUAGGCCAUCUCAGAGGUCUCAUUCUGCUUGCACUUCUUUUAAUGCUUAUCCAAUCAGCUGUGAGAGUUUUGGCUGCUACUACUAAUUCUAUAAUAAAACUCAUACGGAGUAUGAUUGUUACGGAGUACUUUGUAAUAUAAUUUUGUAUUAAUAUAAUUACUAGAAAUGUUAUUAAAUUAUUUGAGUGAUUAACUUUUUCUCUAGCCAUAUUUUAUAUUGCAUUAUAUUUUCUUGUAUCUUAAUAUUUCUAGAAACCCCAUCCAAAAAAAUGUCUAGAAAAAAAGUUU